AUGAAUCGGAGCAAUUUGACACCUUUAAUACCACUGGACGAGGACAUCAACCGGACUCUCCGAUUUCUAGCUCUUGAGAAGGAGCAAGCUGAGGCAAGAAAAAGAAGAAGUGAAGAAGGGGGACAACAUGUUGGUGCCGAAGUUGAAGGAAUUGAAAGAGAAGUUGAAGUUGAAAUGGCGGCAAAUCAACCUCAAGCUGCCAAUCCGACCCCGAAUGCAAAUGCGGAAGCGGAAGCCGAGGAAGAGCCAAGGACGAUGGGCUACUAUAUGGCUCCACGAGCAGCGGACAUCCAGUUACCAAUCCUACAUCCACCCGUGGCCGCCAACAAUUUCGAGAUCAAGCCCUCUAUCGUGUCGAUGAUUCAACAAAAUGCCUACUUCCACGGGCUUUCUCAUGAGUCACCACGAGAGCAUGUCCAAAGGUUUCUGGAGCUAGCGAGAAGCUUGAAGAUUAAUAACGUCUCCGAGGAGGCGUUGCAGUUGAAGCUUUUCCCCUAUUCUUUGGCAGGAAAGGCGCUCCGAUGGCUCAACAACCGACCGGCUCUAUCCAUCACCUCUUGGGACGAUCUCCUCAACAAAUUUAUGACCCACUAUUGCCCGCCUUCAAAGACGGCCGAGUGGAGGAAGAAGAUUACCCAUUUCGAGCAAGAGGAUUAUGAGACGUUGAGGGAUGCAUGGGAGCGGUUCUCGGACUACUUCCUCCAAUGCCUUCACCACGGCUUCGAAGAGAAAUUCCGGAUCGAAACUUUCUAUGGAGGAAAUAGUAACAUACUUAUGAUUUUAAUAAUAUUAUGA